GUGCUGUAACAGAAAAAUAGAAAUGCCAAAAAUGAGUUUUGCAGGGAAAUCAGUGAUAGUCACAGGGGCGAGCUCCGGUAUUGGAGCUGCUACAGCAAUAUUGUUUGCUGAACAAGGAGCCAGUGUAGUCAUAAUCGGACGAAAUGAAUCUAAACUGAAUGCUGUAGCCGGAAAACUUCCAAAGAAUGCCCAGCCAUUGAUUAUGAAAGCUGAUGUCACUACAGACGCUAAGAAAAUCAUCGAUGAAACUGUGAAUAAGUUUGGCAAAAUUGAUGUACUGGUCAACAAUGCAGGGUUUGGUAAAUAUGGUAGUCUUACUGAUGGGAAAUUCUUGGAAGCUUAUGACACUGUAAUGAAAACCAACCUAAGAGCUGUAGCUGAACUUACUAUGUUGGCUCUUCCUCAUCUAACGAAGACUAAAGGAAAUAUUAUUAAUAUUUCAAGCGUUGCGGCUAUGUCUGUACCGCGUGAUGCAAGAUCCCUAAGUUAUUAUAUUUCAAAGGCGGCUUUGGAUCAUUUUACUAGAGGAGCAGCUUUGGAAUUUGCUUCUAAAGGUAUUAGAGUCAACAGUGUCAACCCUGGACCUGUAGUAACAGACUUCUUAGAAAAUAUGGAUGCCGAAAUGAGCUAUGAUGACGUUAAGAACUUCACUGUUCUGAAAAGAGUUAGUACUGCCGAGGAGAUUGCCGAAUUAAUAAUGUACCUUGCUGGUGAUAAAGCACAGGGAAUCACUGGUUCUAUUAUGGUUACUGACAAUGGGUUUCUUUUGAAACGCUGAAGUGGAUAACGCAAGAGGUGAUCCAAACUGUCGCAAUUAUAAUAAAACAUAGAAGAUAAAAUUAUGCGUUAUAUGCCAAACCAUAAUAAUACGAGUAUAUAUAAAUCAUGAUUCAUUGAUUCGUUCAUUUCAUUUUUAUUUUGUAAUUAUUGUACUAACAGUGGAAUAGAUAGCUUGUAAGUUUACUAACAAAAUAUUGUCUGCGAUAAAUGAUUUUUAUUUAAUUUUUUUGUUUAUUUUUAACCGACUUCAAAAAAGGAGGAGGUUCU